AUGGAAAGCCAGAACACUUGCGCAGCGGCGUUGCCGGUGAGCACGCUCAGCGAGCCUCUCGUCCUGGGCAAAUCCGCUGACCUCGCCACCGCCGCCGACGACCUGGAGGCGCAGCUCACUUCGUACCGCGCCACGGGUGCGUCCUUCUCCAGGACGUGCCUCAACCUCACCAACGCCGUCUCGGGGAUCGGGGUGCUGUCCAUGCCGUACGCGGUGGCGCAGGGCGGGUGGCUCAGCCUGCUGCUCUUCGCGCUCGUCGGCGCCGUCUGCUACUACACCGGCACGCUCAUCGAGCGCUGCAUGCGCGCCGACCCGGGCGCCAUCGCCAGCUACCCGGACAUCGGCAAGUUCGCCUUCGGCUCCGCCGGCCGGAGGGCCAUCGCCUUCUUCAUGUACGUCGAGCUCUACCUGGUGGCCAUCAGCUUCCUCGUCCUCGAGGGCGACAACCUCGACAAGCUCUUCCCGGGCUCCAGCGUCCAGCUCAUGGGCGGCUACCGGCUACAGGGGAAGCAGCUGUUCAUCGCGCUGGCCGCCGCCGUCGUGCUGCCCACCACGUGGCUCAAGAACCUUGGCGUGCUCGCCUACGCCUCGGCGGUCGGGCUCGUCGCGUCGGCGGUCCUGACGGCGUCGCUGGUCUGGGCCGGCGUGGCCGAGACCGGGUUCCGCCGGAACUGCACCAGCGUCCUCAGCCUGGGCGGCCUACCCACCUCGCUGGGCCUCUACUUCGUCUGCUUUACCGGCCACGCCGUGUUCCCCACGAUCUACUCCUCCAUGAAGAACAACAGGCACUUCUCCAAGGUGCUGCUCAUCUCGUCGGUGCUAUGCAGCGUCAACUACGGACUGACGGCGGUCCUGGGCUACAUGAUCUACGGCGACGACGUGCAGUCGCAGGUCACGCUGAACCUGCCGUCGGGAAAGCUCUACACCAAGGUCGCCAUCGUGACGACCCUGAUCAACCCGCUGGCCAAGUACGCGCUGCUGGUCGCGCCGAUAACCGCGGCGAUCGAGGAGAGGUUCUCCCUUCCUGCUGGGAGCGCGCCGGCGAGGGUGUCCAUCAGCACCAUGGUGGUCGUCAGCACGGCGGUGGUGGCUUCGACGGUUCCAUUCUUCGGCUACCUCAUGUCGUUCAUUGGGUCAUUCCUCAGCGUCAUGGCCACAGUCAUAUUCCCCUGCCUCUGCUUCCUCAAGAUCUACAGGGCCGAGGGGAUUCUCCGUAUCGAGGUCGGGGCGAUCGCUGGUAUCCUGAUGAUGGGCGUGUUCGUAGCCGUCACCGGCACCUACACUUCUCUGAAGCAAAUUAUAGGCACUUUCUAA